AACCACCAUUCCUCACCUCAUCAUCACAACUCACAAGAUCAAACGGGCAAAAACAAGUAGAAGAAUUCUUACGUCUCUGUGUGUUUUUUGAGCGGAAAUGGAGGGCAAGGAAGAGGAUGUUAGAUUGGGAGCCAACAAGUUCACCGAGAGGCAGCCACUUGGAACGGCUGCUCAGGUACCGGAUAGCAAGGACUACACCGAGCCACCACCGGCUCCACUGUUCGAGCCCGGCGAGCUCACUUCUUGGUCCUUUUACAGAGCUGGGAUUGCUGAGUUUGUUGCCACUUUUCUCUUCUUAUACAUCACUGUUUUGACUGUCAUGGGCGUGGUCCAGCCCGAAACUAAGUGUAAAACAGUCGGUAUUCAAGGGAUCGCUUGGGCCUUUGGUGGCAUGAUCUUCGCUCUCGUCUACUGCACAGCUGGAAUAUCAGGGGGACACAUCAACCCGGCGGUGACAUUCGGGCUAUUUUUGGCGAGGAAGCUGUCUUUAACUAGGGCAGUUUUCUACAUGGUGAUGCAGUGCCUUGGUGCCAUCUGCGGUGCUGGUGUGGUGAAGGGUUUUGAAGGAGCAACCAGAUACCAGUUGUUGGGUGGUGGAGCUAACUCUGUGGCCGGUGGAUACACCAAAGGUGAUGGUCUUGGUGCUGAGAUUAUUGGCACUUUUGUUCUUGUUUACACUGUUUUCUCUGCCACUGAUGCUAAACGUAGCGCCAGAGACUCCCAUGUUCCUAUUUUGGCACCUUUGCCCAUUGGUUUUGCUGUCUUCUUGGUUCACUUGGCUACCAUUCCAAUCACUGGAACUGGUAUCAACCCUGCUAGGAGUCUUGGUGCCGCCAUCAUCUUCAACAGAGAACACGCCUGGGAUGACCACUGGAUUUUCUGGGUUGGACCAUUCAUUGGAGCAGCUCUUGCAGCUUUAUACCACGUGGUGGUGAUCAGAGCCAUUCCUUUCAAAUCAAAGUGAUCAAAUAUUAAUAAAUGGUGGUGAUCGCUUGUGGCUGUUGGUACUUUGCCAAAUUUCUGUUUGUUUGAUUAUGUGUAUUUUAUUUUCUAAGUUAAGAAUUGUAAUAGUACCGAAGUUUCUUCAAGGGUUGAAAACCUUCUUUCCUUUUGUUAAUUUUAUGGGUUCAAAGGGAGGAGGUUGCUGAUGAUCGAUGCCCGUCUCUUUGUAAAUUAAAAUGUAAAGGCUGUGAACGCGAAAUGUCAUUUUCGGAAUAACGCCGACCAAACCCAAGUUCCAUAGCCCCCAUAUCUUCUGUUCUAAACUAAAAUCCAAGACUUUGUUAUCAAGUCGCCA